AUGAAAUCGCAGAAACACUCACAACCACCAUCCUCCCAACCCUACACGACGAGAGCAAAUGACAAGGUCAUGAGACAGGCCACUCUGCCAUGGGCUGCUCCACCACUGCCGUCCAGCAGGCCCGAACAUCAUCAUCCACUUUCGCAUCUUGCAGACCAUAUCGAGCAACCUGCCGAGUUCGAUUCGAUCCUUCCAGACUUGGACGCUCCACCAUGUCAGACCAGCACACCUCCCUUACUAUACGAGCUUGACCCGUCGCUACAGCUCGAUCCAGCUCUAUUCUCGAGCUCGCAAGAUGCUGCUGCUAUCGGUGCAGGCCAACCGGCUGUUGACAUUCUGGCUCCGGGAUCCGGGCCUCCUCACAAACCUGACCUGACAGCAUCGCCUUCUUCUUCGUCCGCCACUUCUGGGGUAACAUUGAGCGCCGGUCUUGUUGCAUCAACGCAGCAGACUCAGUUAUCCUCUGCACCGGAAACAGACACAGUGCUCCCUGCUGAGCCUGCUGAAACGGCGCCCGACCCCUCUCUCACAGCCGUCACAUCUGUACCGACAUCAGCACAGCCCGAGACCAAAUCGUUACCACACCUACAUCCUUUCUUCAGACCAGGUGGUACCUCCAACCACUCGACCGACUCGAACGACGAAUCAGACACCGAAAACAGACGGCCCGCUCGUUCCAGCCGAACCAAAGCCCCCGUCUCCUAUCGCGAGGACCUCAAGGCUGUCCUACGUGCAGAUGCCGCAAAGGAGUCAGCGCGCCUCAAGGAGGAAAAGCGAAAGGCAAAGCUCGAAGCCAGUGCUGCGAAAAGGGCACUCAAGUCGGUCAAAGUCAAGCCAAGUCAGCCUGGUUCGACCGUCAACAGCGAUGCGGACGACUUUGAGCUCCUCGAGACUCGCGUUGCCACUUCCACCGGGUCGAACGCCAGCAAGGCUCAUCAGCCCUCCGGUGAAGCUGCAGCUGCUCAAUCGUCAUCCUCGUCCAAGCCUCAACAAUCUCCUAAACACGUCGAACCCAAGCCGCUCAGCUUGGCAGUCAAGGGUACCGGUGCAGCUGCUGCUGCCAACCCACACCCCUUCUUCACCAAGAAGCCCAAGCAACAACCUCUUCCGCCAAUAGACGUCGACACUGAUUCCAGCCAAGGUGGUGACAACAACGAAGCACCGUCCUCGUAUUCGAUAGAUCCAAAGGGCAAAGCGCCCGCUACGACAAAGUCGACAUCGGCAUCCGAUUCUUCACCUGCGUCAUGGAGCCUGUUUUCGACACACAGAGUUUCUUCGUCCAAACCGAAGAAACCACUCUACGCGCCCUGGCCCACUCUGCAAGAUACUCACGUCGUGGGUCUGCUGGAGACCGAAAACGAGCUCCUCUCACGUGCUCAGAUCAAUCUCGCAGCUUUUCGCUCUUGCUGGCAACCUGGCCCCUCCAGCUCGACCAUAAAACACAGCGGACCAGCUCCACCGCCCGACUUUGUCAGCCGGAUGAAUCGCACUCGACCUCGGCCCCACCUCGAUAGCAUCUCGCUCCUGGGCUCGGACGUGUUCGGCUCGCGCGAUGACUUUCUUGCACAGGUCGACGCCAGCAACCUCUCUCCACAGGCUUGCACAUCCGUCGCUCAACAGGCAGAAUCAUGUCGCACAUCCGGCCAGCUGUGGACCGACGCCUUCCGCCCGCACCUUGCAUCUGCCUGCCUGGGCAACGAGACCAAUGCGGGCUACCUGCGCGACUGGCUGCGUCGCCUGCUCGUCGCAGCACCCGGCUCGGUCAGGACUACAGACAGUAAGCGCAAGCAUGCCGUUCAGCGUCGUGUCGAUCGCAGGCGCAAGAAGAGGGUCAGACGAGGUUACAGCGAUGAUGAUGACGAUGAUAGCGAUGAUAUGGCCGAUUUCAUCGUCGACGAUGACGACGAGGAGGAGGAGGACGAAGAUGCGGAGGGCGAGUAUGACGAAUCGAUUGUCAACGAGGGAUGGUUUUCCAAAUUUGCAAAGAUCGAUCGCAGCACGACGGUCACCGACGAAGGUGAAAGCGUCGACGUCGAGUCGUCUCAGGGCACAGCUAUUGCAGAGUCAACCCCUCAGGAGGCUACCUCACAGCAAAACCCAUCGCAACGCCAUCGUUUUGCAUCGCUCGACAGGCUCACCAACUGCAUGCUUCUUACAGGACCCAGUGGCAGCGGCAAGACCGCCUCGGUCUACGCCUGCGCCGCCGAACUCGGCUACGAGGUCUUUGAGCUUUACCCGGGCAUGGGUAAGCGCAGCGGCAAAGAGCUCCUCGCCGCCGUAGGCGAUCUCGGCCGCAACCACAUGGUCUCUUCCGGUGGGAUCGGUGGAGGUGCCACGUUCAAGAAGCCACCGCAGCAGAGCUCGGCGUCCCCUGCAGCAGCGGGAUCGGCAGUUGGACCGACAACGACAACGACAACGACGGUGCGACAGUCGCUUAUCCUCAUUGAAGAAGCUGACGUGCUGUUCGAAGAGGAUAAGGGGUUUUGGGCGGCCGUGGUCGAGCUCGUUGCGGAGAGUAAACGACCCGUAGUGGUGGUGUGCAAUGACCUCGAGUUGCUGCCUGUGCACGAUCUGCCUGUGCAACAUGUGCUCGAAUACACGAAUCCGCGGGUAUCGGACCAACUAGUGCCGUGGCUGCAGACGGUAGCCGCGCACAUGGGCCGCCUCGUCAAUUCGGACCAAGUGCAAACCAUGCUUCGCCACCUGCCCUCGACCACGCACGCCCUCGACACGGGCGAUCCAACGCACGCCGAUCUGCGCCAAGCUCUGCACCAGCUGCAGUUCGGACACCUCGCCUGCACCGCCCCUCGCCACGAACAGCAGCGCGAUUGGCUGCAAACGCUCGCACCAGCAGCGGGGACAGCGGACAUGAAAGCACUCGCUCGCGCAGCCGAAUCGCGCAGUGUCGCCGACGUCUUGGAAUCCGCUCUGAACAGCGGAAACACAGCAGCAGAGAUGGACGCAUUCGGAGACGCCGGUGUUGACACGUCGAGGUCUUCGAGACAGUGGGGGGCGUGGGUGCAGUUGGUGCCCAGCCCGCUGGCGUCUCAGCAGCAGCGGCAGGCGGUUGUUGGAAUUGCGGAGGGGAUGGGUGCGCAUCUCGAGUACCAAUCGACGCUCGGGGAGAUGCAUGCUUCCUUGGUAGGGUUGGGCUCGAUCGAGGAUCAUGACAGUGGAGUAGAGGCGGAUCGACGGAUGAAGCGUCUACAGGACCGGCAAGCCGCACGAUUGCACACACUCAUCCAGCCUUUACUCACACCCUUGCGCCAUUCAUCGUCGCGCCUCCCACCAUCGCUCGUCACGGACUACGCACCCAUGAUCCGACUCAUGGCACUCGUGGACGAAGACCUGGCUCAGAUUCACGCCUCGCUCCGCCUCCAACAGCAGCAGCAGCAGCAGCAGCAGCAGGUCGAGUCCUCUUCUUCGGCGCAAGAAGCGCCAGCGGUGGCGGGAAUGGCGCGAGGGAGGUCGACGAGGACGUCGCGCGCAGCUGCGUUCACCUCGUGGCUGACGGGGACGCCGGAGUACGGGUACGAGCGGUGGCUGGGGGCGAUGGGGCCGGAACAGGUGGCGGUGGCGCAGUCGACCAGGUUGACGUUCUGA